UGUUCAGGUAUGACGCGGGGAAGGACGGCUUCAUAGACCUGAUGGAGCUGAAGCUAAUGAUGGAGAAGCUGGAGGCACCACAGACCCACCUGGGCCUGAAGAACAUGAUCAAGGAGGUGGACGAGGACCUGGACAACAAGCUGAGCUUCAGAGAGGUGAGACAAAACAGAGACGAGAAUGAAACGACAUGGCACCAAGCACUCGCCCUUCCUACUGUAUCUUAUAACUUGUAACACCUGUAUUUGUGUGGAAGAUGAGUGAGUGGUGCAAGCUCUGUCAAGUUUUAUGAAGUUUAGUGAUGUUGCUUUUGUUCUAUGGGUUUUUUAUGCAAUCCAUUUUGCUGCUUGUAUAUGUAUAUAAAAAAUAAUAUUGAUCAGUGAUCACAAAAAGAGAACCUGUAUGGAUUCUUGUCUGACUCCACUGACAGUCCUCUCUCGCUCUCCCUCUCCCUCUACCCUCUCUCCCUCCAGUUCCUCCUGAUCUUCAGGAAGUCGGCAGCAGGGGAGCUAGCAGAGGACAGCGGUCUCAGUGUUCUGGCUCGGCUAUCAGAGAUUGAUGUGUCCACUGAGGGAGUAAAGGGAGCCAAGACCUUCUUUGAAGCCAAAGUGAGUUCAAGUUCUGUUCCUCCAUGUCCGAGGUUGGUUGUGCGCCGCCCUCAGCACAAGCAUGAGAUAGAAUCCCAUUCUCAUGGCUCUUCUACACUGUUUCCCUUCUAUCUGCCCUUUCAUUCAUGUUGAUCCUUUUCAAUAAAUAAACAAGAAGAAAUACAACCACUUUAUUGAAUUGACUUGAUACGUUGGUUUAUUAGUGAUGUUUGUAGGCCUAUAAGAUUAAAUGAAGGGUAGGCAAAACCAAAAAUGAUAACAAUGAAGCAGUAGUAAUAAAUCUCCCUUCCACAGGUGGCGGCCGUCAAUGCAGGCAGCCAAUUCGAGGCGGAGAUCCGGCAGGAGCAGGAGGAGAAGAAGAAGCAGGCAGAGGAGAAGAAGCAGCGGCAAGCUGCCUUCAAGAACCUCCAGUCGGCCUUCAAAUAACCACCUCUUCCUCAGCUCUCCUACAGCCCCAACUGUCCCACCUCCACUGUCCGUCUGUCUGUUUGUCCGUCUGUCCCUUGUGAUUUUUCUGCCUCCAUUUUGAAAUCUGGUCAUAAUAUGCAAGUUGCUGGUAGUCUGUCUAGGGUUAGUCCCUGUCCCUGAGAGAGGAGCAGUUCUAUUCUGCUGAUUUCCCCAUUGAUUUGACCUGACAAGUAACAAAGAACUACACAUUCAGGGUUGUGCAGAGACCGUUUUACUGUUCUUGUCAUGUUGAGUAGACUAUUAUUCCAUUGUUCCUUUCUCAGUCCGGCACUGAUUUUAGGCCAUAGCCAUGCCAGAAACUGUGAUACAAUGGAUUGGAUACAUGCUGGAGACACAUGAUGAGAAUAGAUCUGUGAUGCAAUGUCUCUCCUGUAGAUUAUACGGUUAUGUGCCACACUAGCGUCAGUCUUGAUUUUAGCUCUGUGUUUUCUGUUGUGACUGGGGGAAUGUGAAUGAAACUAGGAAUGCAUUUUUAGUAAUGUGAUGUUGUGAACAAUUAGGAUUGCAUUUUAACAGAACGUUAUUUACUUAUUGUUGAUUCCAGUGAAUCUGAAUUGUGAACGUGUGUUCUGAAGUGGUCUUAUCCAAUCCAUUGUGUUACUUGGUACCAGUGACAAUUUUGCGCUAUACAUGUAAUUUCCUGUAGGAAGCGCUUUCUCAAAGACACAAAAGUUGUACCUAUGGUGUAAGAGAAAAUCCAUCUGUGCACACUUCUUUCCAGACACUCGAUCCCAUUCUAGAAGAGUAGAUGCGGGGGGGGGGGAGGCAAAUGGUGGCGGAGAACCUUUUUAUUUACCUGGUCCUGGGGUACUCCUGUGUAUGUUUGUUCAUUCUGCUGUUUAGUCUGGUUUUUUAGGACAAUUGAUGGUCGAGUUAGUUUUCUUGCAAAACCAACACAUACAGGGGGAUACUAGAGGACAGGGUUUCUGAAACAAUGGUCGACCACUCACCCCUGCUCACACCCAGCUCCUGCUGUAAAACCGAAUGUGUGACCAGUCGGUAUCCAGCAAUCCCAUAUUGUCAAAGCUUUGCAUAUGGAACUAAGUAAAUUCAUGCACUUGACAUCAAAUAAACGUUUGCUCAAAGCAACAAGCUGUCAACUAGACCCCAACCCUUUGAGCACAUGGCAAAACUCUGAGGUGAAAAUAUGCUUUCUGUAGUGAUGCAUAACUUCACCUUUGAACUAUAGACUGAGGUUGCAAUAUGAAGUGUGUGGCACUCUAAUGCUCUGUAGUAUAGUAAAUGGCUAUCUAUUAUCGUUUUGGAAUAUAGUUUGAGAUAUGCAAUCAAUUUGGCCUUUUCAAAGGGUUGACUUAAAACAGAGCUUUGAUAUGCUUCAAUUAAACCUUGUUUAAUGCAAAUGCAGCUGUAGACUAAAUUCAAAUGUAUUAAUCGAUUUAUUGGACAGUGGUAGAAAGUAGUCUAUUUGGUCAUAUCAUUCAUGUUAGCCCCCGUCCAGGAAAUGUAAUGCAUUUUAACUCAACCUAGCUACUUUAAAAAGGAGCAGAAUGAGAGUUUAACAUAAAAUGAGGGAAAUGGUUGUACGUUUUCAGCAUACGUUUGCGAGCUUCCAAUGUAGUGUUAAUAAAGGGGUAUUAACGGGUGAUAUCUGGCAGCACAUCACAGUACAACUGAGAGGUUGUACAUAAAGAAUACAAUAUUUUUUCAUGACAAUAUACAUUUACAAAAAUGCUUUUAGUUUUGUAUGGUGAGGGGUUCUGUGACAUGUUCUGCAUUAUGGGUGUUGUCCACAAGCGGGUCUCCUGGUAAAAAUAAAAAAAAAUGGUGUAUCCACUGGUUACUCCACUUCCUGGUGAUGGGCGUUUGGCCAGUUGUAAUUCUGUGAGUGAUUUAAGAAAAAAGGGUUUAUUUUCCGAUGUGGAGACUAGUUUGUGAACAGUGAUUCUGUGUCAAAUGUCUUUAGAUGUUGUCAAUAGUGAAAACCUGUAGGUUUCUUCCACAGUUCAUUGGACAUGCAGUUUUGUCCAUGCUCUGUGUCCUAUUCUGUCCUGUGAACUAGACUAGAGAUGUGAUUCCAUGAGGCAUUCUCGCACUACGUCACUCCUCCUCUUCGGAUGUACCUUCACCCUGUUCUGACGGAGUGAAAAAGUGGGGUGGAACAAGCCUGGUCCCAGAUAAGCAUGAGCUGGAUAACCUUCACAAUAGGAGUUGCCUAAUACACUUUUAAACAGUUCUGGGACCAAGCCAGGGUGCAGUGGAAACACGGUGGAGACCACACUUGUUUCUGUCAUUCUCUCUAUUGUCAUUCCUCUUCUUUUUUCUUUUUCUCCCACGUCUUGAUUUCUUCUGUCUUCUUCAUCAUUACCAGGGGAAAUUGUGCCAAAUGUUUAUGUUGUCUACCUACCAUUCCACUGUCAAGUCAGGGAUUUAAAUGUUGUCUUUAUUACAUUCGAGGAAAUCAGUCUAUUGACCAUGUAAUAGGAGAUUUAGAUUUAGCAUGAUGAACUGGUGAUGCUCAGGGUACAAUAUAGUAAAGUAAUGCUACAUUGUACCAUACGUUAGCUCCUCUCUGUCGGGCUGUAAUGAUAAUACAGCAGCUGUGAGGUAACAGUAGGGCAGGGAAACAUCCACAUGCUUCUGUGUCUCUGACUUUAAAUGGCAGUCUUCAAAGGCUUCAUGUUAAGACCCAGACUCGGUUUGAAAAGUUGGAGGAGUUUGGAUAUUUGAAUAUUUUUCACCAGGUUUUUGUCUGUCGCUUAGAUCUGUCCUACAUUUUUUCAAGGUUCCAUUUUUCCAGAUCCUUUGUUUGUGAUUUUACUUGCAGGCAUCAUCAAAAUUAAUCUGUUUUACAUUGUGAUGAAAGUUAUUACAUUGUCUUGUAGGCUGAUGAUGAUAAAAUAUGUGGCUAUUCUAUAAUACACCUUUUAUUUUAGAUUUUCUUACUAAAAUGUAUGAUUAUUCUUGUGGCAAUAAAAAAAACACAUUUGAAA